CGCGGCGGGGCGGGGAGCGGGCCUCGGAGGCCGGCCUUCGGGCUCCAUGGACGGGCGCCGCGCCUCUGCACAGCCCACCGGAGAGGUAAGGCUGGCCUCUCUGCAAUCAGAGGUCUGAGCUCUGCCAUGGGGGUAGGGGUGUCUUUAUUGCUGCAGUUUUCUCUGACACCUGGGGGCCACCGGAGUGUGGGCCGAAGCAGGCGCUGCAGCCGCAGAAGUAUCCCCAGGAACAUCCCCAGGAGGAGCUGGAAAAAGCCUCAUUCCCAGCUCUGCGGUCUCAAGGGUAGAGUCUGGGCUUUGCUGUGUUCCCAAACCACUCCACAACCCCAGUAGCACAGCCCCCACCCCCAUCCCGGUGGAAGGAAAGGGACCUGCAGGGGAAGGAUCCGCGUCUCAUAUCCUGGGGUCUUCCCUGUGCUCGGUGUAGCAUUGGUAAUGAGUCAUGGCUGUGCUCCCCAGGAGGAGAGCCGCUCUGGGGAAUUUAGGAGGAUUGUGUCUGGAGCUUGUGAGCAGGCCCUGAAGGCCCUUGAGGAAUGUAACAGCCACCCCGGCCCCCUUUCCAUGUAGGAGGGUCUCGUGCAGGAAUCUGGGCUCCCCCAAACUGUGGAAGAGCUGAGCAUGAGGCAACCCCUGGCAAGACUGGGGCAGGACCAGGCAGGGGACAGAGAUUACAAUCUCUUCUCCCCUCCCUUCUCUUGCCCCAAUAAUCCACAGCACCCCAAGGGAGGCAGAGCCAGGGAUCAGGCCCUCAGGGCAGCAGGCUGUGGGUGUUCCUUGGAUUCAGGGAGAGUUUUUCUUUCCUGCGAUGUCCUAAUCGUGUGUGUGUGUGUGUGUGUGUGUGUGUGUGUGUGUGUGUGUAUGUGUGUGUGUGUAUGUAUGUGGGUGGACGAGGGCAGGCGGGCAGAGUGUGGGCACGGUCUGGACGGGCGAUGGCCUGGCAUUAGACUGUGCUGGGAGUAGCACCCAGGGCUCCCUUGCUGUUCGCUGAGAAAGGCUGUUCUCACUUGUUCUCCAUGCUUUUUAUAGUGGUGGGAGAUUGAGAUUAACGAGGCCAAAAUUGGUGUGGCCUCCUCUGUGGUGUGAUAAGAAUGAAAGGCUAUAGAAAUUUCCUUCUGUAAAAUCUUUGCAAUGCCAGGUGUUUUAGAGGAAAGAACACUGCCCUGGGAGUUUAGAAGACCUGACCCCUAGCCUUAGUUCUGCCCUUGGUUUACUGUGUCACCUCAGGCGAGUUCCGUCACCUGUUGAUGCCUCACAAUUGCUUCAUCUGUCAAACAGGGAGCUCAGCGUCCGCUUGUCCAGCCUCAGAGUUGCUGCGAAGCCCAGAUGUGGCAAUGGGAAGUAGCAGACCCAAGGGGAGGGCAACAAGGAAGUGCUUUGGAAAAGCAUAAGGCACUGCAGGGAGAUGUGAGCACGUUUUCUACUGAGCAGGACCCGAUGCUGGAACGCCGCUGCAGAGGCCCCCUGGCCAUGGGCCCGGCCCAGCCCCGACUCCUUUCUGGGCCCUCCCAGGAGUCACCCCAGACCCUGGAGAAGGAGCCCCGCAGGCUGAGGCAACAAGGCACUUCAGUGUCCCAGCCGGGCAGCCAGGCCCCGGGCAGGGCCCACCGCUGUGCACACUGUCGGAGGCACUUCCCAGGCUGGGUGGCCCUGUGGCUUCAUGCCCGCCGGUGCCUGGCCCGGCUGCCCCUGCCCUGUCCCGAGUGCGGCCGUCGCUUCCGCCAUGCCCCCUUCUUAGCGCUGCAUCGCCAGGUCCAUGCUGCUGCCACCCCAGACCUGGGCUUCGCCUGCCACCUCUGCGGGCAGAGCUUCCGAGGCUGGGUGGCCCUGGUUCUGCAUCUGCGGGCCCACUCGGCUGCAAAGAGGCCCAUUGCUUGUCCCAAAUGCGAGAGACGCUUCUGGCGACGAAAGCAGCUUCAGGCUCAUCUGCGGCGGUGCCACCCCCCUGUCCCGGAGGCCCGGCCCUUCAUAUGUGGCAACUGUGGCCGGAGCUUUGCCCAGUGGGACCAGCUAGUCGCUCACAAGCGGGUGCACGUAGCCGAGGCUCUGGAGGAGGCAGCAGCCAAGGCUCUGGGGCCCCGGCCCAGGGGCCGCCCGGCGGUGACCGCCCCCCGGCCCGGCGGAGACGCGGUUGACCGCCCUUUCCAGUGUGCCUGCUGUGGCAAGCGCUUCCGGCACAAGCCCAACUUGAUCGCCCACCGCCGCGUGCACACGGGCGAGCGGCCGCACCAGUGCCCGGAAUGCGGGAAGCGCUUCACCAACAAGCCCUACCUGACCUCGCACCGGCGCAUCCACACCGGCGAGAAGCCCUACCCCUGCACGGAGUGCGGCCGCCGCUUCCGGCACAAACCCAACCUGCUGUCCCACAGCAAGAUCCACAAGCGAUCCGAGGGCUCCGCCCAGGCCGCCCCCGGCCCUGGCAGCCCCCAGCUUCCCGCGGGGCCCGCGGCGGAGCCCAGUCCCGAGGCCCCGCCGAGACCUGCCCGGGAGCCCGCGCUGGAGGCCUCCCGAGAGCCCCCGCAGGACCAGGCCGAGGCGCCGGCGUCCCUCUACAGCUGCGACGACUGCGGGAGGAGCUUCCGGCUCGAGCGCUUCCUGCGGGCCCACCAGCGGCAGCACACGGGCGAGCGGCCCUUCACCUGCGCCGAGUGCGGGAAGAACUUCGGCAAGAAGACCCACCUGGUGGCGCACUCGCGCGUGCACUCCGGCGAGCGCCCCUUUGCCUGCGAGGAGUGCGGGCGCCGCUUCUCCCAGGGCAGCCACCUGGCGGCGCACCGGCGCGACCAUGCUCCCGAGCGCCCCUUCGUCUGCCCCGACUGCGGCAAGGCUUUCCGCCACAAGCCCUACCUGGCCGCCCACCGGCGCAUCCACACCGGCGAGAAGCCCUACGUCUGCCCCGACUGCGGCAAAGCCUUCAGCCAGAAGUCUAACCUGGUGUCCCACCGGCGCAUCCACACGGGCGAGCGGCCCUACGCCUGCCCCGACUGCGACCGUAGCUUCAGCCAGAAGUCCAACCUCAUCACCCACCGCAAAAGCCACAUCCGGGACGGCGCCUUCUGCUGUGCCAUCUGUGGCCAGACCUUUGACGACGAGGAGAGGCUCCUGGCCCACCAGAAGAAGCACGAUGUCUGAGGCGGGCGGGGCCGGGGCGUCGCUGUGGGCUGGGUGGGGAUGCCUGCCUGUAGCUGGGGUGGGGGAGACUGGAAUCCCAGAGGGGACAGAAGAGGCCGGGAGUGAGCUGGGCCCUGCGAGCCAGGAAGGUCAACCCGGGGAGGCCAGGGAACCCACUUCAGAGCUCAAGGACGCCGGCCUCCAGUUGGUGUUUGCUAGGGUUCCUGACUGUCCUGUGCCCUGGAAAAGUAGCAAUAGCAACUCCAUCUACCCCUUAGAGCCCUCUGGCUAGAGGAGCCACCAGUGGGAGGGAAGACCCUCCAUCCUCUGGUGUUAACGCCUUAAUGUCCCUGUCUUUUCCUACGAGUUACUUCAGAUCAAUUUUGGAAGUAGGUGUGGUACAGUCCUUAGUGAAUGAAUGCCUGGGGAGGAAAGUGGACCAGCUGGAUACAUCUUGGAGAACCUGCUGGCCUUGUUAGACAGCACCUGGGCCUUUUCCAGCAUCAAGCCGUGAAGCUGAGCUGCUCUUACCUCCUGCCCCUGCCCCUCCCUCCUGCCCCUCCAUAGGCACCCAGACAGACUUGGAGACCCAUCUACUGUUCAUGAUGCCACCCUCUUCCUCCCCAGAGACCAAACCUCCAAGGCAUUUCCUCCUUGGUCUGUCUUGCUUUAUCUAGCCCUGCGCCCCACCCCCCCAAGUGCUUAGAGCUUCCCCUGGCUGUCAGCAGCUCUGUGUCCAGGCUUCCCUUGAAACUCCCCAACCCUCCACUCCUUCCAAAGCUCAACAUGUUGUGGAAAGGACUGCCCCAUUGGUGACAGAGGGUCAGCUGAAGGGAAGAUGCUGGGUGAGUUUCCUUUCCAACAUUUCUAGCAUACAGAUGCCCAGCCUCUGCUUGAGCACUUAGGUGCCAGGGAGUUCCCCACCUCCUGAGGCCCUGGUCCUAUCGUAGGAUGAUUCUAACUGUUAGAAAUUCUUCCUUAUAAUAAAUGAAUUCUGCUUUCCUAUAAUUUCUAUCUAUUGGGCCUUGUGCUGUUCUGUGAAACUAAACAGAACAACCAUUUACCCUCCUUUUCAAACUAGAAAAUAAAGAUUUGGUUUUAGA